UUCCUUUCUCCCACCGCGCAGAAGGUCUGUGGAAUGUGGUUCACCGGCCUGGUAAUUCCCGUGGCUUCUGUGGCCCCGUGACCUGCCCUGGUCGUUGGAGUCGUUAUGAGGGACUGGGACCCAGGAAACCUCGAAAUGGACUCAUUGUCCUUUGAGGAUGUGGCUGUGAACUUCACCCUGGAGGAGUGGGUUUUACUGGAUUCCUCACAGAGGAAACUCUACAGAGAUGUGAUGCGGGAAAACUUCAGGAAUGUGGUCUCAGUAGAAAGGAAACAGGAAGAUCAUGACUUUGAAGAUCAGUACAAUAACCAGAGGAGAAGAUUAAGAAGUCCUAUGAUAGAGAGACUCUCUGAAAGCAAAGACAGUAGUUCCUGUGGAGAAAACUUUACCCUCAUUCCAGCUCUCAAUCUGAGCCAGAAAAUUGGUUUAAAACCAUGUGAAUGCAGUGCAUGUGGAAAAGUGUUCAUGUAUCAUUCAUCUCUUAAGAGACACAUGAAAUGUCACAUUGAAAAGAAACCAGGAGAGCAUCAAAACUCCCAGGAGAAGGUAUGUAAAUGUAAAGAAUGUGGGAAAGCAUUCACGUAUCCUAGUAUUCUUAGAACACAUGAAAGAAGUCACACUGGAGAGAAACCCUAUGAAUGUGAACAAUGUGGAAAAGUCUUUUCAUAUCAAAAAUCCUUCCAAAUACACAGAAGAACUCACACAGGGGAGAAACCCUAUACAUGCGAACAAUGCGGGAAAGCCUUCACUUAUUUGAAAUCCUUACAGAUACACAAAAGACAUCACACAGGAGAGAGACCAUAUGAGUGUAAAAUAUGUUCUAAAGUAUUGAAUACUGCCAGCUCUCUUCGAAAUCACCAAAGAAUCCACACUGGAGAAAAGCCCUAUGAGUGUGAGGAAUGUGGAAAAGCCUUCGCAUGGCGCAAAACCUUCCAAAAUCACAUGAUAACACACACUGGAGAUGGACCUUAUAAAUGUAAAGAAUGUGAGAGAGUGUUCAUUAACCCCAGUUCUCUUAAAAUACAUGAAAGGAUUCACACUGGAGAGAAACCGUUUCAAUGUGAACAAUGUGGUAAAAGUUAUAGAUAUAAAGCAGUUUUAAAAAUACAUCGAAGGAUCCAUUCUUGAGAAAAACCCUAUGAAUGUAAAAGUGAAGAGAAAACUUUCGCUUCCACUUACGUUUAAGUGCAUGAAAGAAUUCACACUGGACCCAAACCUUAUCAAUGACUGGAAUGUGGGAAAGUCUUCAUUUGUCUCCUAACCAUUUCAAGACAAUGAGACUGCACACUGGACAGAAAGCAUAUAAAAUGUGAAGAAUGUGGGAAUGGCUUUUCUGAUCUUAGUAGUUUAUGAAAGCAGAAAAGGAUUUACUAGCUAAAACCUUGUUUGUAAACAACCUGAGAAACACUUUAAUUGACCGAUAUCAUUACAUGUGAAAACUCCCAAGGAAAAGAAGUGUGAUUAGUAGUAACAUGAGAUAACUUGAUGGAAGUACUCCAUUCCUAAUGUUCCAGAAGACCUUCAGUAUGAAAGAGUUGUUUUAAAAGUUUAUGUUGUUUUUACUAAGGAUCCUUCUUCAAGUGUAUCCUUGAACUAUAGAUUUCUGCGGAUUUCAGAAAUGAAUAUCACAGUGAGUUAAUUCCAUAAGUUGUCUUUCAACAGUAGUACAUAAGGUUCAAAGGUACUUUUUUUUUACUUUAAUCAGAUAAUGAUUUUUUUUUUUACACUUGAAGCCUGUUGGAUCCAUGGGUGAAUUUAAGUGUAUUUGUAUUAUGCAGUGAGGCUUAAAUUUCUAUUCAUUCUCUGUUUAAUGGGACAUUGAAAAAUGGCAGUUUUGUAUUUGUUGGGAUUUUCCUAGUAGCUUUGUGUGGCAGUACCUGGAUAUUCAUAAUUCAUUAUAUAUAUUUCACCCUUUUUACUGACAGAGAUUGUUUUGGUGAUGGUGCAUAUUGGAACCUUUUUCCAUUUUCCAUUCUAUUAAACACUUGAAGUAAAUUUUACAUAUGGCUAGGAUGUCAAAGAGUAUACUGCUAUGUAAAUUAUGAUUUUUCUUAUUUGCUUUUUGUGUUUCCUUUUGACUAGUAUUUGUUGAGUAGACUGUGAGACUUGUGAUAAUACAAAAAAUCUGGAGUUGGAGAUAUCUUGCCUGUGAGUAAUAUUAGGACCUAGACUUUCUAGAAUCCAUCCCCUUUGUGGUCCCAUGUUAGCAUUCCCCUAUAGCUCAUCUGUGUGUGAUUUUAAAGCAGAUGCAAAGAAGACAUUCUUCAGAUAUUGGAGCUCCCACACUGAGAGAGAGGCAGAUACAUAGGAGCUUCAAGGACACCAUCUUCCAGCUUGUUUUCCAGAUUCUGUGUCCUUGUAGUCAAGAGUAUCGUCAACACCACUAACAAAUGUUUGUUUUCCAUUUUUAUAGAUGUGUAGUUUCCCCUGAUGUCUUUACAGCUUCCACAUCAAAGAUCCAUCAGAGUUUGAAUUUUUUAUGUAAGGUUUCUCGUGUCCACCACGAAAAAUAUUUCAGUGUUUUAUGUUUGGGAAUAUUCUCCGAUUCCACUCUUCUCUGAAUCAUAUCUUUAUAAUAUCUAAUAUGUGUAAGAAACAAUUUAUGCUGUCAAUAGUGCUAGCGACAUUGACAAUGGUGCCACCAAAAAGAAUGACAUGGGAGUUUGUUUCUCUGCUGCAUUGUGCAGUGGCAUCCUUGACCCAUUGUUUCCAUGUGAGACUAAGCACCUUCCUUCUGUCAAGAAGGCGAUGGGUGUUUCCCGUUACUUGCAGCUGAAUAUAGUCCCCCAAUAUGUUUUUUAUUUUACUGUAUAUUAUUAAAACUAUUCUCUAAAGAAUGAUUACAAAUAAACAACAAGGUCCCACUGUAAGCACCGGGAACUGUAUGCAAUAUCCUUUAAUAGACUAUAAUGGAAAAAAUACAAAAACGAAUAUAUAUGUGUAUAACUAAAUCACUUUGCUGUACAGCAGAAAUUAACACAAAAUUGUAAAGCACCUAUACUUCGAUAAAAAAAAAGAUUACAAACCCUAUAAGACAGGGUGCUCAAAAGGACUUUUUAUAGGAUUUUCACUUGUGUUUGAGGAUUUGAUUGUUAUUCAGGAUAGCAAGACAUUUUUCUAUUUUGAAUUCUUUCUGGAGGUUAACUUUAUCAUUGGUGAUCAUUAUCAUUUUCCUGAAGGCAAAAACAAUGUCGUGGAGCUAAACUUAAUUAGUAAGAAGUUUCAUUCAAUUAUAUUAGUAAGAAGAGGGGACUGCUGGUCUUUUUUAUGAUUUUGCAUUUUAUCUUUUAUCAUUGCUAGAAAUAGGGUUAUAAAAUACAUAAAUUCACUUCUUAGUAUGCUUUGUAAUAUUUUUUAAAUCUCCUUUAUGACUUAACUGAGGUCUAUAAAUUUAGGUUAAUUGUGAGACAGUACAAAGCUAGCAAGGGAAAAAGAUAGGACUACUUUGCCAGUGAACCCUUUCUGAAAGACUGUACUCUUUUUUUUUUUUUAAUUGAAGUAUAGUUGAUGUAUAAUGUUCUGUUAAUUUCUGCUGUACAGCAGAGUGGAUCAGGUAUACAUCUAUACAUUCUUUUUCAUAUUGUUUUCCAUUAUUGUUUAUCACAGAUAUUGAAUAUAGUUCCCUUUGCUGUACAGUAUGACCUUUUUGUUUAUCUAUUCUAUGUGUAAUAGUUUGCCUCUACGAAUCCCAAACUCCCAGUACAUCCCUUCCCCACUCCCUCCCACCUUGACAACCACAAGUCUAUUUUCUAUGUCUGUUAAUUGUUUCUGUUUCUUAAAUACGUUCACUUGUGUCUUUUUUUUUUUUUUUUUUUUGCAUUCUCCAUUCCUUUAAUGUACAUAGAGAAACUGGUGUGUGUAAACAGGCAUAGUGCCUCUCCCUCAUUCCUAUUUUCUUUUUUUUUUUAAUUUUUAAAAAAUUUUAUUGAAGUGUAGUUGAUUUACAAUAUUGUGAUAAUUUCUGCUGCAUAGCAAAGUCACUCAGUUAUCUAUAUGUAUAUAUUCUUUUCCAUAUUGUUUUUUUAUUAUGGUUUAUCACAGGAUAUUGAAGAUAGUUCCCUGUGCUAUAAAUAGGAUCCUUUAAAAUGCAUCCUAUAUAUAUAGUAGUUUGUUGAUAUGUUGAUUUCUGUCAUAUUUUAGAUUCCACAUAUAAGUGAUAUAUAGUAUUUGUUUUUCUCUUUCUGACUUGCUGCAGUUAGUAUGAUAAUCUCUAGGUCCAUCCAUGUUGCUGCAAAUGGCAUUAUUUCUUUCUUUUUUAUGGCUGAGUAGUAUUCCCUUGUUUAUAUGUACCACAUAUUCUUUGUCCGUUCAUCUUUUGAUGGACAUUUAGGUUGUUUCCAUGUCUUGGCUAUUGUAAAUAGCACUGUGCUGAACAUAGGCAUGCAUAUUCUUUUUUGAAUUGUAGUUUUAUCUGGGUAUAUGCCCAAGAGUGGGAUUGCUGGAUCAUAUGGCAACUCUACUUUUAAUUUUUUGAGGAACCUCCAUACUGUGUUCCAAAAUAGAUGCACCAAGUUACAUUCCCGCCAACAGUGUAGGAAGGUUCCCUUUUCUCUGCAGGGUCUUCAGCAUUUGCUAUUUGUAGACUUUUUAAUGAUGGACAUUCUCACCACUGUGAGGUGGUACCUUAUUGCAGUUUUGAUUUUCAUUUCCCUGAUAAUUAGCUUAGCAAUUUUUUUUUCUGUUUCUUCCUGAUUAAGUCUUGGGUGUUUAAACAGAUUUCUAAGAAUUUAUUCAUUUCUUCCAGGUUUUCCAUUUUAUGGGCAUGUGAUUGUUCAUACUAGUAUCUUGUGUUAUUUUGUAUUUCUGUGGUAUUGGUUGUAAACUUUCCUUUUUCCAUUCUGAUUUUAUUGAUUUAGGCCCUGUUUUUUUGUUGAUGAGUCUGGCUAAAGGUUUAUCAUAGAACUAUCUCUUAGUUUCAUUGAUCAUUUCUAUUUUUUUAGUUUCUGUUUCAUUUAUUUCUGCUCUGAUGUUUAUGAUUUCUUUCCUAGUACUAACUUUGGGUUCUGUUUGUUCUUUUUCUAGUUUCUUUAGGUUUAAGAUUGGGGGUUUUUUUGUGAUUUUUCUUCUUUCCUGAUUUAAGCUUGUAUUGCUAUAAAUUUCCCUCUUAGGGAUUGCUUUUCCUGCAUCCUAUAGAUUUUGGAUUGUUGUGUUUUUGUUUUAAUUUUUCUCCAGGAGUUUUUUCCUUUCCUGUUUGAUUUCUUCAGUGACCCGUUGGUUGUUUAGCAGCAUAUUGUUUCAUCUCCACAUUUUUGUGAUUUUUACAAUUUUUUCCUGUAGUUGAUUUCCAGAUUCACAGUGUUGUGGUUGGAAAAGAUACUAUACAUGUUUUCAAUUUUCUUAAAUUGUCUAAGGCUUCUUUUAUGGCCUAGGGUUAAUUUUAAAAUAGAAUGCCUGAACAGACCAAAGGAAAUAUCAGUAAGAAGUUCAAAUGAUUAAUACCAAUAUUUCUUAAAGUAUUACAGAUACUGGAAUUGUAAGGAAUGCUUCCAAACUCAUUUGAUCAGGCCAGCAUCUCCCUGAUAUAAGACAAAGACUCCACAAGAAAAGGAAACUACAAGCCACAAUCUCUGUUUCAUCUUGGCUUGGCCAUAGUGCCCAGAUGUUUAGCAAAACAGUCUACUGGAUGUUUGUGUAGGAUUUGUCUCCUAAGAUUACUAUUUUGAUGGAUGGAGUUGAAUAAAUUAGGUUAUUCUCCUUAGUGUGGGUGUGCCUCUUCUAAUCAGUUGUAGUUCUUAAUAGAACAAAAACUUAUCUUCCCUGAAGUAGACGUAUUCUGCCUAUAGACUGUGUUUGGAUUUCAAGUAUAAUUCUUCCCUUAGAUUUCCAGUGUGCCCAUUUAGAUUCAGAUUUUUGGUUUUGGUUUUGGUUUUGGUUUUUUUGUUUCUUUGUUUUUGACCACACUGUAUGGCUUGUGGGACGUUAGUUCCCUGACCAGGGUUUGAACCUGGGCCCUCAACAGUGAAAGCACGGAGUCCUAACCACAGGACUGCCAGGGAAUUCCCUCAAUUGCAUAUUUUUUAUUUAGCCAUUCCUCCAUAAGAACAUGAGUCACUUUCUUAAAGAGGAAAGAAAAAAAAAAAAAGGAAAAUUAAUAUACGUGUAUAAACACAUGCACUUACACAUAUGCAUCAUGAUGGUUUUGUUUUUGUGAAGAAUCAUGACUAAUCAUAUUUUAAUCUAUUAGAAAUCAAAUUGUGCCUUAUAAAUGAAAAAUCAUUUCUUCUGUGUAAUCUCCUGAACAGGAUAAUUUUUGUGAAGUGUUCAGCAUCUUUUUGGAAAUCAUAAAAAAUAAAAUUUCUUAAUUUUGAUCACAUAUAAAAUGACAAGUGAUUUCAGAGCUUUCACAUUCAUUCUCUAUUCACUGAAAUGGGCUUCAUACUGAAUGUAUUAGGAUGUCCUUACAGUGUGAGGAGGUCUUCUGACUCACUCCCCAAUAAAACUGGUGAAAAUUAUUUUAAUGACAAACAUUUCAAGCUGCUGGAAAUGGUGAUAAAGGCAAAUAGCAGAUGAACAUCUGUUCAGGAAAAUCUAGGAAGAGCCAAUAACGGUAUAAUAUCUUUAUAAGGUGACAUAUUGUAACUAGAUUUAUCAUGGUGAUCACUUUGAAAGGUAUAGAAAUAUUGAAUCACUGUUGUGUAAGAGGAACUAACAUAGUGCUGUAGGUCAAUUAUACUUGAGGAACAAACAAACUCAUAGGAAUAGAGAGCAGAUUUGAGGUUACCAGAGAUGGGGGAGGGGAAUUGGAUAAAUGCAAUCCAAAGGUCCAAACUUCCAGUUAAAAGAUAAGUACAGGGAUGUAAUGUACAACAUGGUAAAUGUAAUUCACACUGCUGUAUGUGAUAUAUGAAAGUAGCUGAGAGAGUAAGUUCUAAGAGUUCUCAUCACAAGGUAAAAAUUUAUUUUUUGUUUCUUAUUUUUGUAUCUAUAGGAGAUGAUGAAUGCUCAAUAAACUUAGUGUGAUAGUCAUUUCAUGAUGAAUGUAUGUCAGAUUAUUAUGUGGUAAUGUAUACAGUGAUGUAUGGAAUCUUAUCUCAAUAAAACUGA